UGCACAGAGGGGUUUUCGAUGUUUUUAUGUUUCACCCUGAUUUGGAAACCCCCCAUCCCAUCAGGAGAUCCAUGACCCGUUUAACGUACCGUUGUCAUCAUGUCCCCAGCAUCGGCUGCAACGGGCAGUGAAAGCAGCACCACCACCGUCCCCGAAGAGGAGUCGGACAGCCCCAGAGAGGAGCAGCGGCCCCAUAAACAGUCCCUGACAAAAUCCUUGUGUCAGGAAACUCACUGGAAAUGUCUGCUGCUGUCCCUGCUGAUGUACGGCUGCGUCGGGGUGAUGGCCUGGUGCCAGGUGACCAAGGUCACACGCCUCUCCUUCGACAGCGCCUACAAGGGAAGGUCUAUGAUGUACCAUGACAGUCCCUGCUCCAACGGCUACAUCUACAUCCCUUUGGCCUUCCUGGUCAUGCUCUACGUGGUCUACCUGGUGGAGUGUUGGCACUGCUACACCAGGAAUGAGCUGCAGUACAAGGUGGAUGUGGACAGUGUGGCAGAACGCAUCCAGCGAAUGCAGCAGGCUACGCCCUGCAUCUGGUGGAAGGCCAUUAGCUACCAUUAUAUCAGGAGGACGCGGCAGGUGACGCGCUACCGUAACGGAGAUGCCUACACCACUACGCAGGUGUACCACGAGCGAGUCAACACCCACGUGGCUGAGGCGGAGUUUGACUACGGGAACUGUGGGGUUAAGGACAUUGCAAAGCAACUGCUGGGCCUGGAGGACUUCCCCAUCACAAGGCUGAGGUUCACUAAGUGCUUUAGCUUUGCCAAUGUGGAGUCAGAGAACUCCUACCUGACCCAGCGGGCCAGGUUCUUCACAGAGAAUGAGGGCCUGGAUGACUACAUGGAGGCCCGUGAGGGGAUGCACCUGAAGAAUGUAGACUUUAAGGAGUAUAUGAUUGCCUUUUCUGACCCUAAUCACCUUCCCUGGUACGCAGCCAACUCCACUUUCUGGGUGGCAGCUGCUUUCACCCUCUCCUGGCCUCUGCGGGUGCUGACAGAGUACCGCACGGCCUGUGUACACUACCACGUAGAGAAGCUGUUUGGCUUUGACUAUGUGCCAGUAACACCAUCUGAGGAGCGGCCGCAAUGCAGACACAUCCCACGAGUCAACACAAUCGACAGCACGGAGCUGGAGUGGCACAUCCGCUCUAACCAGCAGCUGGUGCCCAGCUACUCAGAGGCAGUUCUCAUGGACCUGUCCCAGCUCUCAGGGAGCUGUAACAACUACUCCGUAUGUGGAAGUUAUGGUAGCUACAGGCAGAACUGUGAACGCUGCCACCGUGCCAUCAGCAGCUCCUCCAUCUUCUCUCGCAGCGCCCUAAGCAUCUGCAACACGGGGAGCCCCCGCAUCCCUUUCAGCGCCAGCCGCUUUUCGCUGGGCCGGUUGUACGGCUCCAGGCGGAGCUGCAUGUGGAGAAGCAGCGGGAGCCUGAAUGAGCGGUCCUGCCCCACAGAGAGCACGAGCUGUCUGUCAGGCCCGCAGGCCAGUGAGGAGAACCCUCCAGCCUACCAGGACGCUCUGUACCUGCCAGUGCUCAUUGUACAUCGCAAUGAAGGCUGCCUCAACCACGACCACCGCUCCCUGCACAGAAACGGCUCCUGUGUGGAGACAUCUCUAUGACCCACGGCUGCCAGACUGAGCAAGACAUAUAAUGAUACAGGAACAGAGUGAGAAACCUCUUCACACCAGGGCUGAGCUAACAAUGACUUCUGCUUCUCCCUUUUACAACAGAGGUUACAAGUCACCUGCAGGUAACCACAAACAAGGAUUUGUUCACAUUUCUAAAGAUACUGUAGCCUCAAACAAACAGGAAAAGGUAUAUCUGGAAAAGUCCUUACAGUAAAGUCAAUAAGUCAGAGAAAGACAGAUUUGAUGCUAUUGUUUAGACUGUUGUUUAAAAUACAAUGUGGCUUUAAAUGACAAAUUGCCAAAGUGUCACGUACUGUCCUACAGCGUCCAUAAGGACACAAGUCAAAUAACCAAGGAAUACCAAGGGAGUCACAUCCCACUGUAAAUGCCAUAUUUGUAGAUCUUAGUCACAGACAAGGACAUGAGUAACACUUUCUAGUAUUUGAAGCCUAAAAUGGGGUUUGACUCAGCGAUCGCCUGAGAAAUGAAAGGGAUAUGACAAUUAAUGGUCACAUGAAUGAGAAAUGAAGAAAUAUUGGGGAAAUCAUAGACUCACACAUCAUGUUAGUGAUGAUUUCAAGUGAGUCAAUUGGAUGAAUUAUGAGGGAAAUGCAUUUUGCAAAUUGCAGACUAAAUAUUUUUGCUGAAACAAAAUACAUGUCUAAUGGCUGUUACAAAGUAAAGGGCCUGAAUUUAAAAUCUAAACAUCUGCAUGUGAAAUGUUUUGAUACUGGCUGAUUUAAAUCUGUUCAUUCAAAGUCAAUGC